CUCACUGUAGUUUAAGAACAUUAGUGUUAAUGAUAUGACUUUCGUGUCAUCCAAGCAUAAGUUAGUCAUCUUGUUGUACAAGUUACUGCUUGUGAUAUUUUUUGGAACUACGCCAUUAAACACUGUCUUAGAUGGAAAAGCGCCCUCAACAUGGAGAUGGUCAAAGCGGCCAAGAACCAAAUAGCAAAAAGCGUAAGUCUGACGUCUCUGCAUCAUCAUCGAGCAAGAAGAAAUCAGACUUUAAAAGUGUGCUCGUGUUGAGAUCAGGCAUUGAUGUGUUUCCCGAAAACGGACAAAUUCCGUUACCAAAUAACAAAGGACUGACCAAACUCAGGAACGUUUCAAGUGGUCGAUUCAAAACUGAUGUAGAAUUCACAAAUAGGAUGAGCGCAUCAGAUGUCGAAGAGGUGCUGAAACAAAAUUUCCCAAUUUUGGAAAAAUAUACAAGUUUUUCCUGUGCAUCAGCAGCUGACAAUAGAUCAAAGCUGGAGUUUCAUGAGGAUCAACAGACAACUGGAGUGUGGAGUGGGGCCGAUAUUAAAAGGCACAUAAGAGGGAAUUCUGCCCUUUACAUACUUGCUGAGGGAGCACCAGAGGCAGGGACUGCUUGUGAGGGUUCAGAGCGUGCAGCAAAUAGAUGUUCAGGACAACUUGUUCUACAAAAACAUGGACCAAGUGGAGUGGGUUCUUCUUUGGUAGGGACUAGAAUGCUUCAAACUUUGGCAGGAAAAAGUCAUCACAGGUCCUUGCCCAAAUUCCCAAGUACCAUAAACCAAAUUGGUUCAGGAGCACAUGUAUCAACAUCUUCAGCCACCAUCACUGAUAACUACCGUUCUCCAAACACAGAACUCUCUAGAACAGAUUCGCAGCAAGGUGACUGUGACAAAGAGAGUAACCAAAAAUCCCUGGACAGGAUUCCAAGCAUUGCCCAUGAUUUGCAGAGUGAAGUAAGCACUCAUGGAAAUGGGAGUAUCAAUUCAGUGGAGAAAGAUCUUACUCCAUCAAUUAUCUUCAACAUGUCGGAGGAAGAGUUUGACUCUGCCAUAGAGGAUAUACAAGAUGACACAGGUGCUGUCAGAAUGUGCCUGUCAUCAAAAGCACAACAGAUCUUAAAAAUGUCUGGCGAAGAGUUUGACUCUGCCAUGGAGGACGUUAAUGAAGUAAUAUCUGGAGACUCAGGAGCUGUUAAGAAAGUGUGCCCGUCAUCAGGAUCAACACGGGGGGGAGGUGAGUUUAGUAUCAUUUUAAACCAACAACUUCAAAACGAAGAAGAAGACUUCGUGGCCGACUUUGAAGAUGUUCGAAAUGUACUCCUAACAGUGGAAAACUGUUUCACCCUCACUGGGGUUACUCCAGCUUAUCAUAGGGAAGGCUGUGUCCUAGUUAUGGUAAGAUCUGCAAGUGGAACAUGGCUUGGGAGCGCCACGUAUACAUAUGUCAACCCUAAUAAGAAAGAAGAAUUACGAAAAGUUGUGGAGGAUAAGAACAAAUGGAAGGAGAUUCUCGAUACUAUGUCCAACGGUCAAAUAGGGAAUCUUGACCAACAGGAAAUCCCUUCUGGAGCAGUGGUCCAUGGUAAGACUCGCGAUUCCUGGUCUAUUAAACUACUAACAUUGCUCAUCUACCAGGCUGCUGAAGUAGAUGGCUUUGAUUUCCUUGAAGUUGUCUUCAGCACCUCAGCUGGAAGAGUAACUUUUAAUAAUUACAAAGACAAUGCUAUACGACCUGAAGAUGUCGCCAGGGCUUAUGGACAUGCAAUUUUAGGUGAUUUCCUAGAGAAUGUGAAUAAAAGGUUAUCGAAGGAAGUUGGCAAUGAAGACAACAAUGAAACGAUCAAUUGGUUAGAACUUAAGAAAACUAUGGAAACGGAAGGGAAUCCACCCCGCACCAAUGAUGCCCAGCCUGCAGGUCAUCUUCCUAGAAAUGAUAGCUAUAGUGACUAUGAUGCAGAUGAUGAAACGUCACCGUUGCCAUCACCAUCUGACACUGAAGCGAAUGUUGACGAAAUGCAUGGAGACUUAUCAUUUUACAAAUUUUCAGUGUGGGAAAGUUCAUCUCAAGAAAAUGAUAUUCAUUGCAUGGAAAUCGAUGGAAGUGACAACCAACAUGAAGGAAACUCUCCCUCUUUACGCAAUGGGGAAACUGACAGCAACAGGGACUUCUGUGAAAACCAUCUUUACUGCACUAUAAGAAUUGGAGCAGAUAGUGCUAGUCAGCAGAAAAAGGAGAAAAAGAGGAGAAAGAAACAAGGCAUUGAGUCUAGAAAUGAAGAAAGUCCCACCCAAAGCGAGGAUAUUAUAAGAAAGUGCAAUGCUCUCUUAAAUUUUGGUGGAGGAGUGCUUGAAAUGAAAAUUGCAGACCCCCAGAGUAAAGGUGCAAGUAAGAAGGAUCCCGUGGAUUGUUUCUGGCAAACCAUUGAGGGGCAAUUAAAAACAAUGAUUCGUCCAUCAAAAUAUGACGACGUUUUUGACCGCCGUGUAUUUUCUGACAAAAUAUUGCUGUUCGUCAAUGCUCCGAAACACUUAUGUACAAUGAAGUACAAUUUAUUUGUAUCAGGAGAUUCGGGUGUUGAUGACGCUAAUUACGACGAUGUUGUCGGUUUUCUGAAGCUAGAGUCUGACAGCCACAAAAGAAACUUAAAGUCAAAUAUACAAGUGCCUCUGCAAGACCUUCCACCGAUACCUUGUACAUUUUUUCACCAGAAGGUAAUCAGCUUGAUGGAGUGCAAACAGGUUCAGUUUAAAGACUUUGCAUCUGAUUCUCUUUUGUUUUCACAUCCUAAGCAGCGAUUCAGCAUCGCCAGACAGUUGUCAGCUUUUGGUAACUGUGAUGGUGGAGUUCUUCUUAUAGGAGUAAGAGAUGACCGGAGAGUUUCGGGCGUAGACAUGGUGAAAAAUAAGAAAGAGCAUGUGGAAGAAUGUGUCAGUUCCCUUGUUGACAAGAUGUGUUGUAAUUUUAAGCUUCAAAGAGGCAUCCAUUGGGAUUUAACCUUCUCUGAUGUCUCUGGAUCUGAAUCCAAAUCUGUCAUUGUAGUUAAAAUGGCAGGAAUGCGGGAUGCUGGAGGAAUUUUUGGAAAAUGCCCAGAAAGCUAUAUAUUACAGUGUGAUGAAGAUGGCCAGCAGGUUCCUCAUCAACUUGAUUUUGACAAAUGGAAAGGGAGAAUGAAGUCAGAUGAUGCGCAUUUGACAGGGAACACCAGAGGGAUGAUUGAUAUGCUAUCGAGGUUUCAACAGAUGCGUGUUUCUGAAGGGCAUCUUUUAACGGUGAGAGGCGAUGUUCAGAGGAUAAGGGAUGCCUUUUUUAAAGGCGAUGACACGUUCCUAGUUUCACCGGAAGGUGUAGAGUCUAGCCUUCCAGCAGAGGCACAAGCAGUGAUUCGCAACAUCCAAAAGGUUUGUCGCAGGGACCGUUUUCGGGGAUUUCUGGCUGUAUCGCGUUCUUGGCUUCGUGAUACUGGAGGCACAGCAGUUGAUAGCGUCAUCUGUGACGUUCUUCUUGUCAGCAGAAACAUGGGUGGACUUCAUCUGUACACUCUCUGUGAUGCGGCAGAUGAGACGUCUUUCCAAUAUAGCAAAGAGGCUGCACAGUCCAUAAAGAAAAGGCUUUCCGAAAAUGGCGCCAGGGGCCAAAAGUUUUAUGUGUCAUCCCAUGUGCUACCAUGUCGCGCAGGCAGAGAAGUAAAAUUUCCAUCACCUGACGACCGCUACCCGAAGUCAUAUGAUCUUCUCUCUCCCAGAGGGAAACUGAAUGAGAUUCUCAAAGCGAUGGUGGUAACUCUUGCUGCUGUGCCGUCAACUCUCUCCUGCAAAUUGGGCGUAACCUUUUUUAACCUUCUCACCACGGAACAGUUUCGUUUGGUCCAUCAGCAGAUUGAAGUAAACCGGGAGUUAUGGAUCAAGGGGGUCGCUGGAACAGGAAAGACGCUUGUUGCAGUGGAAUUCAUGAGAGAGCUUAGACGCCGUGAGAAACUACAAAGGAAUGAAAUCCUCUACGUUUGCGAAAAUGAAGGCAUUGCAAGCCAAGUACGGAAAACCGAUCUGUGCAAUGCCAUUUGCCGUGUUACCUUCAUCUAUGGCUAGUUUCCACAAACUAAGCAUGUGAUACUUGAUGAAGUUCACAACUUCGAGCAGCCAAAUGGUACUUGUUCCUGGUAUGAGAAGGCGAAGGAUCUUGUGCGACAGCAUGACCCCGACAGACCAGGCUACUUGUGGUGUUUUAUUGACCUCUGCCAAAAGAGUCACUCUUUUCCAUCAGGUAUUCCUGAAGAAACCAGACAACGUCCGCAGUUGAGGUUACGAAAAGUCAUUCGUAACUCAACGAAGAUAUUCAAACAUGCCAAGAAGUAUCUUGUCGAUAAUGAUUCGAAAGACAAGGUUGAGAUAGGGCACGACUUUGACGGAGAAGAUGUAAGGAUAAUACCCUAUUCAAAGAAUGAAACAACCGAACUGGACGUUCUCCAUACCACAUUGCGUCAGCUUUUCAAAGAGGGAUACAGCGAGAGAGAUAUCUCUGUAUUAUUUUUAAAGAAUGAUAGUAUUCCCUCUGACGACAUGCUUUCUGAGAAGUUGAAUGGUUUAUCUUGGAAGUCUGCAAAGGACAAUGAUUCCGAGAAAAUUGUUAUCAGCUCGGUUCUAAAGUACAGUGGUCUAGAAAGACCUGUCGUAGUACUCGUGAAUGUACACAGGGGUCUACCUAGACGCCACACAUAUUCUUUUCUAUACGGUGCAGUGACUCGUGCCAUGGUAAAACUCAUCAUUAUAAGGUGCCGAGAAAGUUGAAUUUGUCGUAUCACUAAAUUAUUAGUGGACGGAACAUUGUGUGAAAUGUUGUAUCAUUGGUUUUUUUUUUUUUUUUCAAAAGUUUCAAAAGAUAUUCUGUGGAACAUUGACAUUGUACAUGUAACGGCCUAACUUGAAUGUCUGAUCGGCAUUUGUGCCAAGUCUAGAAGAAACCGUGUGCAAGCACAGAAGGAAUCUCUGCUAAUUACUUUUUAGGUGUCUACGUCGCUCUGAUUAAGAGCUGACGCUCGAAACGUCAGCUUUGACACCCUUAACGGUGGCCAAUUUACAUUAGGGACCUUAAGCAGUCAGGACG